CCGAGCCAGAUGAAGAAAACCAGCAAGAGGAAAUCCAUAACAAGGCGAUUGACGGGUUGAUCGAGGAGAUGGACGGUGUUCCACGACCGCUGGUGAUCCUCGCAUCUCUCGCUCAGGCGACUCCGCCUCUGCAAUUACUCGAUUGGUAUCGUGCUGAGGGUACGCAAAUAGUCAAGAAAGGACGAAGAGGGCGAGAUAUGGAUUUCGACCACUCGACACGCCUAUCGAUCAAUUGUCUCACCAUGCAACAACACCCUCACGCGUUGGAAAUCCUGCGGCUUAUUGCAAUCCUUCCGGAUGGGGCCGAGAAAGCCCGGUUGGAGGAGAUGUUUCCAACCAUGACUCGGCAGCGUGAGCUCGGCGAAGCGACUCGUACGCUUCUGCAGCUCGCGCUUGUGGAAGACUAUUUUGGCUACCUAAAGGUCCUUGCCCCAAUACGCAAUUUUAUGCAGCAUCGAUAUCCGCCUGCGCAAGCCGCACACUGGCAAGAACUAGAACAGUACUAUGAACGUCUGGCCCAAAGCGGGGUGCACGUCGGAAAAAGCCGGGGUGCCGAGUGUAUGAAGCGCCCUACCAAAGAAUUCCGCAACGUCGUCACUGUCAUGCGGCAUGCGUUGACAACAUCUACUCCGCCAGCACCAUUGAUCGAAGCUAUUGUUGAGUCCGCCCGAUUUGCCUGGGUGGCGAAAGAGGAUAAUUAAGUCGUUCAAUUGCUGUCCGAGGCACUCAAGAAGGCCGAUGGGACCGCUGGGCUUUCUCAGCUGAAAGCCCCGUUCCUCUUAGCUAUCGGUACACUGCAAACGGAACAGAGGGAAUAUGCUUCAGCCAACACUUCCAUCAAUGACGCCAUAGAAUUGUUCAAUGAGCAAAAAGAGGACGUUUAUGUCACCGACUGUCACCUCGCCCUUGUAGACAACUACUAUGCUCAAGAGCUUUGGACAGACGCCAGUAUCCACAUCAGGCCUGUGGAGACCAAGAUGCUUUUCGAAGGGGAUAAAGAUUUCCUAGGCAAGGCCCAAUAUCUGCACAGGUUAGGCCGCAUACUUCGUCAGCAAGGGGAUGUGCAGACCGCACGGAAAACCUUGGACCAGGCGAGCGAGAUGUACGAGACGCUGAGUACGAGCUGGAUGUCGCAGAGGUGGCAAGGGACGUCUCAUGCAUACUCUCGGGUGAAGGGAAGACGUUGGAAGCCAUGAAGAUGCUUGGGAAAUCAAGGGCGUCUUAUGAACAAGUGGGGUUCGAGAAAAUGGUCUACGCAUGUGAGAAAGAGAUCCAGAAGCUUCAGUCAGGGCCCGUUGUUGAUGGCAUUGUAUAAACCUACGGCACACGUUAAAUUAGCCCUAGAACUAUCAGUGUAUUCUUAUGGUAUUUAUCUG